AUGGAGGGCCAGAUCGUCUCAGCGAUUGAAAUCGCCUACGACCCCGCCGCCGACCCAGCCCUCAAGCGGCAAGCCUUCGAUUAUGUUAACCAAUUGAGACAAGAGCCUUCCGCAUGGCAACCAUGCCUCUCUCUUUCUACCCAAUUGCCACGUCAGGCUCCCGUCAUUCGAAUCUUCGCUUUAGAAACUGUCAACAACGCUUUGCAGGCCGGCCUGGUGGACGAACAGGGUCUCAAGGUUGUCAAAGAACAAUUAUUAUCAUACCUACAACAAUGCUAUGGCUCCGCCACUCAAUCUCAAGAUGAGACUCCCGACUCCGGUAUCAUUGUCAACAAGCUUGCCCAGACAAUCACCUACCUGUUCUCCGCCACUUAUGGAUCGGGCUGGGAGACAUGCUUUGAUGAUCUCUUAGCCCUCACCGCCUCCCCCUCUGGCUCCAAAGACAACUAUGCCGGUGUAGUCUUCUAUCUGACCGUUCUGAAUUCCGUCCACGACGAAAUAGGAGACCAACUGCUCUCAAGAUCCAGAGCUGAGCAGGAUCGCGCCAAUACCUUGAAAGAUUUGAUCCGAGUCCGAGAUGUUCAAAAGAUUGCUCAGUCUUGGCAAGAUAUCCUGGCCCAGUGGAGAACUUCAAAUGAUGCCAUCGCAGAACUUUGCUUAAAGGCCGUGGGUAAAUGGGUAAGCUGGGUUGAUAUCUCAUUUGUUGUAAAUCAACAGAUGCUAGAACUAUUGUUCCAGCAAUUAGAGCGGGCUCAAAAAAUGAACCUUCGUGAUGGAGAGGAACAGGCUCGAGACGCCGCUAUCGAUGUCUUCACGGAGACUGUAGCCAAGAAGAUGCCUGCUGCGGAUAAAGUCAAUAUGAUUGGCUUUCUCAAUCUCGAGAUCGUUGUCGCCCAACUUGUGGCAUGUCCACCUCUCAGUGACAGUCGAGCAUCAAAUUAUGAUGUCGACCUUGCCGAAACCGUUGCAAAGCUUGUCAAUACGACGGUCGUGGACAUUGCCAAAGUCCUAGAGUCUGAAAACCAGAAUUCGCCAACUUGGGCCAAAGCUGAACAGUUGUUGGCGUCCUUUCUCCCACAUCUACUUCGAUUCUUCUCUGAUAUUUUCGAUGAAGUCUGUUCCACUGUCCUUGCCGCGAUGAACGAUGUCCUUUCAUUUCUUCGCCGAACAGGAGGACAAGGGGAGGCUGCUUCCGCACAGCGCGGGGCUAUGCUCCUACCUAUCCUGAAAGCAAUCUUUGCAAAAAUGCGGUACGAUGACACUGCAGACUGGGGUCAAGAAGACGACCAGACCGAUGAAGCAGAAUUCCAAGAUUUGCGCAAGAGACUAGCAAGUCUUCAGGCUGUCAUUUCCGGUGCUGAUGAACCGCUUUAUAUUGAAGCUAUCUCCUCGCUAGUACACGAGACAUUCGCAAGGCUGAGAACGGAAAGAUCUCAGUUAAACUGGCGAGAUCUUGACCUGGCGUUGCACGAAGUAUAUCUGAUGGGUGAGUUGGCUGUCAAGGGAGGCGGACUAUACCAAAAGAAUAAAUCAAACUCUGCUGCUGCGGAGAAGCUCAUAAUAAUGAUGCUAGAGAUGGUGCAGUCUGAUACUGGUUCAUUCCCACAUCCAGCCAUUCAACUACAAUAUAUGGAGAUCUGUGUCAGGUUCAGCAAUUUCUUUGAGAAAAACAGCGAUCAUGUGCAGCCAGUUCUGCAGAAUUUUCUCCAACUUGCACAUCACUCGAACCUAAAAGUCAAGGUUCGUGCAUGGUACCUGACCCAGCGCCUCAUCCGACAGUUGCGAAUGCAGAUAGGAGGAGCAGCUGAAGCCGUUGUCCAAAGUCUGCAGGACCUCCUUGUCAUUCGUGCCGAGUUACCUAGUGAGGCUGAUGGGGAUGAUAUGUCCUCCGAUGGCGACUCAGGCACCGAUUCCACAUUCACUAGCCAGCUCUACCUGUUUGAGGCCGUUGGCUGCAUCUGUGGAGCAAGCGGUGUUUCUACAGAGAAACAAGUUCAGUAUGUCCAGGCUAUUAUGCAGCCCUUGUUCAUCGACAUCCAGCGUAAUCUUGAGCCAGCACGUUCUGGUAAUGAGCUUGCAAUUCUCCAAGUCCAUCACGGAAUAAUGGCUCUAGGAACCAUCGCCCGGGGCUUCUCUGAUUCUGUACCCGGUGCUGCAGGGGCGGGCAGCGGAACGGAAACAUCCCUUCCCACCAGACAAGCAUUUGCUCAGGUUUCUGAGGUCGCGCUGGUCGCACUGUCGUCCUUGAAAUCAUCCUUCCAGAUCAGAACUGCGGCACGCUUUGCCUUUUCUCGCCUCAUUGGGCUGGUUGGGGCGCAAAUGAUGCAACAACUCUCGCAAUGGGUCGAUGGCUUACUCACGGAAACCUCUUCGCGCGAUGAAAUGGCGUUGUUUCUACGACUACUUGAUCAAGUCAUCUUUGGUUUUAAAUUGGAGAUUCAAACUUUCUUGGACAGCCUCUUUUCAGGUCUUAUUCAGCGCGUGUUCACCGGAAUAUCCACUGUCACUUCAGGCACUGAUGACGAGAUCGAGCUGGCAGAGCUGAAGAGAGAAUACCUGAAUUUCCUGUUGGUGAUUCUGGGAAAUGAUUUGGGUGGAGUCCUCAUCAGCACCACUAAUCAACCAAUCUUCGAGUCUGUGAUCAGCUCGAUCGAACACCUUGCAAGAGAUGUUGAAGAUUUUCCAACCGCGAAGAUGGCAUUUUUGCUCCUCGCGAAAAUGUGCACGGUUUGGGGAGGACCUGAUGUAGGAUUACCUCAGGGCCAAGUUGCCACAGAUGUUGCUACUCCUCAACCAGUGCUUCCUGGUUUCGACCAAUUUAUGAUCACCCGCUUUUCUCCAAUCUGCUGGGCACUCCCAACCAACCCAUCUUUCAAUAGUAAGGAUGCACAAGCGCGACAGGCACUGUCAGAGGCUGCAGGGCUGCAGAAGACCAUCUAUGUCAAGACAGGCCAACAAUAUCUAAAGUGGCUGCAGGAGAAUGAAUUAAGGACGAUGGGAAUGAAUGAAACGAUGAUCAAUGAUUAUUUGCAAAAGUUGGCAACGAUGGAGCUGAAGAAUUUCAAGUCUUUUUUCCCUAAGUUCAUUGCACAAGGGGGACAAAUGUGA